UGCAUUGGAUCCACUUUCUGAAGAUCCCUGCUCUCUAAUAAGAGCUGCCAGAACUGAAAGAUAGGGAAAGAAAAGUUCCACAAGUCACAGCACUGGGGUUACUGCAAUAAUGUUGCUAUGCUGGUUGGAGAAGGUAAACCUGGAAUAGGAGGUGAACCAUUACCUGGUCAGAAGCUGAAAUCUACAUACAGCGUGUUUCCUGAAGGGAUGGGAAGCAACUUUCCUGCUUGGGUAGCAUUUGACAAGCAGGUAUUGUCUUUUGAUGCCUAUUUUGAGGAAGAAGUGCCUGACAAAAAUCAAGAGCUAUAUAGAAUCAGACACUGUAAAAUAUACUUCUACCUUGAAGAUGAUACAAUUCAAGUGAUUGAACCCCAAGUGAAAAAUAGUGGCAUAACUCAAGGAACUAUUGUUCGACGGCACCGGAUUCCACUUCCACCUCCUCAUGAAGAUCAGUUCUAUACUAUAGAUCACUUCAAUAUCAACAUAGAAGUAAUCCUUUAUGCCCGAAAAUAUAAGAUUAUAGAUUGUGACCAGUUUACAAAAAAUUUCCUGAGGAAGACGGGAGUUAGAUUAAAUCCUCCCAUAGGUCGUCCGGAUGACCCGUACACCAAAGAGCGACAAAAGAUUCUGGAUAGUAUGAAACCAUUGCGCCCUUAUGAGCGCAUUGACACUUUGAAACAAUUUCUGGACCAUGAUGGACAUGUUUUACGUUUUUUCUGUGUGUGGGAUGACCCAGAAUCCAUGUUUCAUGACCCGCGGGAACUUGUUCUGCAUUAUUAUUUGUCUGAUGAUACUAUUGAUAUAAAAGAAAUUAUACCAGUAAACUCAGGCCGGGAUGCAGUUCCACUUUUCCUCAGAAGAGCUAAGCUUCCAAAGUACGCUCCCACCGGGCUGUAUCAGCCGGGCACAAUCACCAGUCGCACUGUUCGCAAUGUGUUGGGAAAGUUAGGCCAUUACAUUCUGGACAAUCGUAAGACAGGAGCAGUGCAUCAGGAAUUUUACAGAGACAGUGACCUGAAAAUAGGGGCAGUAAUUAAUGUUUGGGGAAGGAAGAUAAUACUCUGUGAUUGUGAUGAAUUCACUAAAGAAUAUUACAGGACACAGUAUGGAAUCGAGGAUUUCACUCCAGUUCCAUUUAAGGCCCCACCACCGCCAAAAACAGAAAAAAUGUUUCCUCCUUAUACUGGAUUUGGUUCUGAAGAGGAUUCUCUGUGCUCCUGUAUGGGUCUGCUUCCCAAGCCUCCCCAAAAAGAUUUUAAGAAAUUCAUGGAGAAAGACAGAAUUGGCAUGGAAAGUAACAUACUGCGCUUUCUUGCAAAACUUGUCACAGAGAGUCCUAUUGACAAGGAUCGAAAAUUCAUUAUUUCCUACUUCCUGAGUGAUGACACCAUUUCAGUUUUUGAACAUACACAGCAAAACACAGGGAUACUUGGUGGGAAGUUCUUGGAAAGAGGUCGCAUUAAGAAGCCUGGACAGGAGCUCUUUAAGAGUGAGCCAUCUGAAUACUUCAGUGCUCAGAAUCUGUUUGUUGGAGCCAGAGUUUGUUUCCAUGGUCACAACUUCCUUCUGGUGGAUGCCGAUGAGUACACGUUCAACUACAUGGAGAAGCAUGCAAAUGAGUUCUCUGUGGCUGAUAUUGGUGUCAUCCUCAAGAAGCUGAAAGAUAUAACUGAACUUCGCUCCCGAGAAAUCAGACAGGUGUUUGCAGCCACUGACCCUGAGCAUACCAAGGUGAUCAAGUAUGAGCCUUUCAGAGAUUUGAUAGUCAGUAUCACUGAUGGAGUGUUUUCAGAACAUGAAAUUAGGACUCUUGCACGCUAUUACAGCGUGAGAGAGAAAUAUGAAAUGGACCUCCACUGCCUCCUUGCAAUGGCUCAAGAACAACUGAAGAAAAAUAACUUUGAGAAUUUUGAACAACUGUCUGCAGUGCUUAUAUACAAUGACCAUGAAAAAUGUGGAGUGCUGCCCCAUGAGAGGUGCAGGACUAUUUGCAAGUCCUUUAAGUUGCCACUGGCUGGUGAUGAUCUGCAAGCUUUACUGACCAUGUUUGAAGAUGACCGUAAGCAAGUGGAAUAUAAAAAGCUUGUGGAUGGGCUGAACUGGAGAAAGAAUCAAAUUCCUGCUUUCCAGAUGAUAAAGAAUCCUCUCAAGACUGAAGAUGACUGGAGAGGACAACCACCAUCCUUUGCUGUGAAAGGGAUCAAAUACUUACCUCUUCUGGAUGAUCUGUUUGGCAAGGAAGAAUAAUCUGAUCUCUGCAAGGCACUGCUUUUAGAUUACUGUUUCAGCGCCAAGGCUUACUUAGACAGAUACUGAAAACAUUCCUUGUAAAACAAACAAACAAACAAAGAUACAGGUUUUAUUGCCUUUAAUUUCUUAUUCCAACACAGAUGUAUACUUUGUGUGUUUUUCUAACUCCUUCUAAUCAACAGUACUCUUUCAUACUUAUACAAGAUUAAUUAAAGAUGUAUCCUCUA